ACGGUCGGUCGGCGCAGUGGACUUGUGGAAGUCCCUCGACUGCAGAUAAAGUGUUGUUUUCAGUGUUAGUCAUACUGUGUCACCAUGUCAGUAUGUGUAGUUUCUUUUUGACGGUGGACAGGCAGCGUUUCCAUGAUGGCGGUCACCGCGGCACGGGCGUUUCGAUGAUGGCUAAACUGAAAACUUCCCAUAGAUAAAGUGAGCAAACUUUGAGCGAGGAGUCAUUCCCAGACUUUCCCCUGUUAUCACUAACUAACGUUAUAGUAACUAACACCGCCAUGGCAUACACUGCCUCUGUUCCGCUAUGGGCAUUUGCUUUUAGUUUAUGCUUCGGCUUGUCCAAGUGCUACUUUGCUAUACCAUUAAAAAUAUACCCAGGAAAGUACAAUUUAUCCUCGACUGUGAAUUUGACUCGACAAGUGGCCUUAACGUCGGAUGGAAACGGCCUCUCGUUGGCCUCUGAUCCGACUGGGACAGUCAACUUUCUGGACAUGGUCAACAACCUGCAAGGGGACUCUGGAAGAGGCUACUACAUAGAAAUGUCCAUUGGUACUCCUGGUCAAAAGUUGAACAUCCUGGUGGAUACAGGCAGCAGUAACUUUGCUGUGGCGGCGGCUCCACACCCAUUCAUUACUCACUACUUCAACACUGAACUGUGAGUGACUGAAACACGUUGUGUAAUCCAGCUGUUGGAAAUGUC